CAGUCCGCUCCCGACACUCCUACGAGAUGGAUCGCGCUGUUUGUCUCUGUCUCGUAUCAAUUUUGGGGCUCUGGGGCUCUCUGACCCCCAUUUACUGCCAGCGCCCGCCGCCCCCUCCGCCCCCCGAGCCGGGAUCCAUUCGCUUUCCCCUGGACAGCGACAUAGUCUUCCCGGAUCCGGACUUCGGUGCCGGGCCGGAACAGUCGGAGUCGGAGGAGAAGCGGUGGUUCCGCAUAAACGAUUUUCAGUUCGACCGCGUGGAGGAUCUGCCCCAGCCCAAGCACAGGCACCACCCACCGCCCCCAAGGCCGGGCCAGCCCUUUCCCCGGCCCCCCGGCGGCUUUAGAAAGAAGAAAAACAAGCGACCCCGCCUCUGUGAGCAGAAAUACUCCGAGUACGUGGAGCGGAUCUUCCCCAACGACACCGCAGUGGCCGCCGAUGCCAACGACGCGGACUUCGAUGGCCGAGUGCUGGCCCGGCCCGGUGAAUACCCCCACAUGGCAGCCGUGGGCUUCGAGGGCGACGUAGGGCGAAUCGAGUACAAGUGUGGCGGCAGCCUGAUAAGCGAGAGAUUCGUGCUCACCGCAGCCCACUGUACUUCCAUUAACGAGAUGCCUCCCAAGUGGGUGCGUAUUGGGGACCUCAACCUGGUCGCCGCGGAACGCCCGGCGGAGACCCAAUUGAUGAGGAUCAAGGAAAUAAUCAGACACCCCAAGUACAGCAAGGAGCUGUACUACGACGACAUUGCCUUGCUAAAACUGGAACGGGAAGUGGAGUUAACGGAGUACGUGAGGCCCAUUCGUCUCUGGGUCUUCCCCGAGCUGCCCACCACGAUUGCCUUCGCCAUGGGAUACGGAGCCACGAACUUCGCCAAGGCGAUGACGAACCGCCUCACGAACCUCAACCUGACCAUAGUACCCAAUGCCGAGUGCAACAGCGAGCUGCCGCCCAUCGCGGAGACCCCCAACGGAGUUGUGGAGAGCCAGAUCUGCGGCCAGGACUACAUCCUCAGCAGGGACACCUGCCAGGGCGACUCGGGGGGUCCGCUGCAACUCAAUCUUCCCGGUCGCCGACGGCGGCACAGAAUCCACUACCACCUCAUAGGCAUCACCUCGUACGGGGUGUUCUGUCGCAGUAGCUACCCCUCGGUUUACACCCGGGUAUCGUCCUUUCUGGACUGGAUCGAACAGACUGUGUGGGCCGAUCCUGUCUAGACAGCUUGAUUGUGUUGUCAAAAGCGAAUUUAAUAAACAUCAGUAAGACUUACACUUAGAAA